CAGGUUGACUGGGUCCUAUGCUGAAGAUGUUUCCAGAACAACAAAAAGAGGAGUUUGUAAGUGUCUGGGUUCGAGACCCUAGGAUUCAGAAGGAGGACUUUUGGCAUUCUUAUAUUGACUAUGAGAUAUGUAUUCAUACCAAUAGCAUGUGUUUCACAAUGAAAACAUCUUGUGUACGAAGAAGAUACAGAGAAUUUGUGUGGCUGAGGCAGAGACUCCAAAAUAAUGCGUUACUGGUACAACUGCCAGAGCUGCCAUCGAAAAACCUGUUUUUCAACAUGAACAACCGGCAGCACGUGGAUCAGCGUCGUCAGGGUUUGGAAGAUUUCCUCAGAAAGGUCCUACAGAAUGCACUUUUGCUUUCAGAUAGCAGCCUUCACCUCUUCUUGCAGAGCCAUCUGAAUUCGGAAGACAUUGAAGCGUGUGUUUCUGGGCAGACUAAAUACUCUGUGGAAGAAGCAAUUCACAAGUUUGCUUUGAUGAACAGACGUUUCCCUGAAGAAGAGGAAGAAAGAAAAAGAGAAAAUUAUAUAGAUUAUGAUUCAGAAAGUUCAUCCUCUGGGCUUGGACACAGUAGUGAUGACAGCAGUUCACAUGGAUGUAAAACAAGCACGGCUCCCCAGGAACCCUGA